AUGUCGUUAGCAGAGGCCUCUGAAGAGAGAAAAGCCAAGCUUUUGGCAUUGAGGAGACGUAAAGCAGGCGAAGCAGACGAGGGCAGCGACAACCAAACUCUCCUUAAAACCAGGAAUUUCGACCCAGAAUCACGAACUCUCCGCAAGCAUAAUAAAGACGAUGAUGCUAAUAUGACUGACACCGUGGAGAAGGACAUUAGCGGCUUAGUUGAGACCAUCAUCGCAGAAGAUGAGCAACGACGCGCCCAAGAAUUGGACGUCUUCAACAUCGCUCCGAAACGCGCGAACUGGGAUCUUAAACGCGAGAUGGACAAGAAAGUUGCACGCCUGGAACGACGAACUCAAGAAGCAAUCCAUACGUUGAUCCGGCAAAGACUAGCGGCCCAGAACGGAGAGUCAGAUGAUCUCGUUGGUGCCAUGAGAGCCCAGCAAAAGGCACAGGACUCGCUUGAGGACGAAGAAGACUGA